UAUUUCACACGAUGUCAGUAACACAACUUCCUACUCGUCAAAAUGUUGAAAAAAUCAUCAAGAAUUUUCAUGCUAAAGAAGGCUACAUUUAUUUAAACGGACAAACACUUCAAGAAAGAGAUGAUACAGACGUCGAAUUACCCUUCCGUCAAGAAUCCAAUUUCUUUUAUGUUACUGGUGUUACUGAACCUAAUUUUCAUGUCGUCAUUGACCUGUCUACUAACAAAAUCACACUCGUUUCUCCUAAUUUGGACCCUGACGCUGUCAUGUGGAUGGGGUUACCUGAUACCUUGGACCAAUUGAAGGAGAAGUACGAUAUUGAUGAGGCUGUCUAUUUUGAUAAGCUCAAUGGUAUCUUGUCAUCUGCUCCUGUUGUAUAUACUCUACCCAUCACAAAGACGGACGCAUUAGACAAGUCCAAAGUAAAGCUAUGUGAUCAGAAUGAAUCCAAGUUACUCUACUCUGCCUUUGCUGAAGCUCGUGCUAUCAAGGCUGAUUGGGAAAUUGAGAUUAUCAGAAAGGCAAACCAGAUAUCAUCUGAUGCUCACAUGAAGUUGAUGAAAGCCUCUGAACUCGGUUCAAAUGAAGCUCAGCUCCAUGCUCUCUUUUUGUACGAGUCUGCCCGUCAAGGCGCUUUCUUCCAAGCUUAUUAUCCUAUCGUUGGCGUAGGCAAGAAUGCAGCUACUCUUCACUAUAACAAGAAUAAUGCACCUCUCAAGGAUGCUAACGAGUUGAUCUUGGUUGACGCUGGUUGUGAAUAUAAUUGCUAUGCCUCAGAUAUUACCAGAGUCUUCCCUGUUGGCGGAAAGUUUUCCCCUGAAGCUCGUGUUAUUUACUCUAUCGUACUUGAUAUGCAAAAGGCAUGCUUUGAGAGUUGUAAGGCUGGUGUAGCUUGGGAGACAAUUCAUAGAAUUGCCAUGGAUGUUGCUUGUGAUGGUCUUUUGAAGGCAGGUAUCCUCGUAGGUGAUAAAGAAGAAAUCAUGAAGCAUCACGUCGUUGCUGCCUUUUUCCCUCAUGGAGUUGGACACAUGCUUGGUCUAGAUGUUCAUGAUGUUGGUGGUUAUCCCGAGGGCACUGAACGCAUUAAUGAGCCUGGUAUCCGUUAUUUGCGUAUGCGUCGUGAUCUUCAGGCUGGAUUUGUGGUCACAGUUGAACCUGGUGUUUACUUUUGCGAUUUCUUGAUUGAUCCUGUCUUAAACGACCCAGUAACUAGUAAAUAUAUUAAUAGAGACAUGCUGGCCAAGUACAAGCCUGUGGGCGGUGUUCGUAUUGAAGAUAAUAUCGUCAUUACACAAGAUGGAUAUAUCAAUUUGACCACAGUUCCAAAGGAAAUUGAAGAAAUUGAAGCUAUUUGUGCUAAAUAAAUUCAUGUAUUAUACUUGAUUAUAUUAGUUGAUUAACUCUACAUAAAAAUCAUAUAAAAAGAAAAGAUUGUGUGUCUUUCUCUUUUCUCUUUCAAACAUGUCAGAUAAACAAGCAUGUCGUAUUUGACCAUGCCUGAUACUAGUCUCUACUUGUGAGAUUACAUUUGACUUAAUUACAUGUACCUUAAUUAGUACUCCGA